AUGAGAGAAUCCUUACGAGCUGUAGAAUCAUCACAAAAGAAAACAUUUAAAUCUAAGCAGGAUAACAGAAAAAUUCAAGAUUCAGAAAAUAGCAAAAACAUUAAUUUGGAUCUUCUUGUUGAACAUGAUAAGUUAUCUGCAGAUAUAAUUCUCAAAGAUCAAGAAAUUUCAGCGUUAAAGUCUCAAUUAAUCGCAGCAAGAACAUCCCAUCAAGAAGCAGAAGCUUUAUGGAAACAAAUUACAACAGAAAAUAACAAUCUCAAAGCCUCAAUUCGAAAUUUUGAGCAAAUAAUUUCUCAACAAAAAGAAGAAAUUUCGAUUUUAAAAAAUUCGCGCGAUAAACUCUCAAAUUUACUUGGAGAUAUGCUUAGAAUUCAUAUCAAAACGGAUUCAGUUAUUGAAAACAUCAGUUUUGACAAUCAAAAUCUCCAACAACAGAUUAACAAAAAUCAAAAGCCAACAAUUGUAAUUGGUGAUCAAGUAAAUGUUUCUGAUCUUACUAUAAGCAUUCUAAAUCCAGAAUUAAAAAAUCAAUUAAAUUUCAUUAAAUCACAAACGCAAUAUACCUCAAUGCAGCAAAUCCAAGCUAUUAUUAAUACACUUGUGAAAAACUACAAUAAUAUCGAGAACUCGAAUAAAAUCCUGAAAGAUAAUUUGGACGCCCUCACAGAAAAUUAUAAUUUGCAAGCCAAUGAACUUACAAUUGCAAAGCAAACAGUGAAUAUUAUUAAAACAGAGUGGAAGAAAAUUAUAUCUGCUGAGGCAAAUCUCGAUAAAAAGGCGUUUAUCACAUACAACGACUCUGUUUUAAAGUCAUUAGGUCGAAUCCUCCCAAAUAUACAAGAUUACCCGGAUGAUACUCUAGAAUCAAUUAAGAAUAGUGAAUAUUACAAUAUUAUUGAAGCACUAGUUGCUUCAAAUUUGCAUCUAGAAAAUCAACUGGAAGCUGCAAACAUUGCUUUAGAUGAAAAGGAUAAUUUUGAUUCCAUUAUCCAAACACUUGGAGUUUCAGAUAUCAAUGAUGCUCCUAAAAUGAUUAAUGAACUUCAAAAUAAAAUUCAAGAUUACCACAACAAAGAAGAAAUACUUAAUAAACAGCUUUCAGAUGCUCAAGCUUUAAUAGAAAAAUCAAAAACCGAUAUGAUUGUCAAUUCAGAUCAGAUUAGUUCUUCAACUCAUGAAAACGAACUAUUACGAAUUAAAAUAAAUGAUCUUGAAAACAAACUCAAAGUUAAGCAAGAUGAAUUAAUGCUCAAAGAUUCCGAAAAUAUUAAUGUGCAAGUAACAAUUCGAAGGGAAUUCGAUAUAGAAAGAAAUAAUGCUUUAAAGAGUAAAGAUUUUGAAAUAAAAUCUCUUAAAAACACAAUCGAAAACUUGCAAUCAGAAAUUUCUGCUGCGAAAUUAGAAGUUAAACAAGAAUAUCAGACGAUAAUAAAUGAUUUGAAAGAUCAAUUGAACAUUCUUCAAUCAAAAUAUAAAAUCCUUAAUAAUAAACUAAUAGAGGAAUCAAAAUUAUCAUCCGACCGCAUUAAACAUCUCAAAAGGAAAUAUAAAGAUCAAAUCGCAGGCCUAAUCAAUGCAAAUAUGCAUCAGAGAGAAAUAUUUGAAGCCGCAGCAAAGAAAAUGCAGGCUAAAAGUGCCCAAGAAACACAACUAACAGAAAAAUUAACCCAGGCAUUACAGGACUGUAAUUCAAGAAAUAGAGAGCUACUUAGUCAAUUGCAAUAUACAACUUAA